AUGUCGUCGCCAGGAACAACAACGCCUUCAAGCGGCACUAUGAGUCCGCCCGUCACUUCCAUGGUAAUCAAGCGAGAGUCUUUUUCAGUCCCUAUGCGAAGACGGCCAAAAGCGCUGGGGGACGGGAUGGAAACCACCAAAGCCAUUGAGCCGUCGAGGAAGCGACGGGCACAUACCAAAUCGCGAUUAGGGUGCAAGAAUUGCAAGAUGCGCAGCGUCAAGUGCGAUGAAGCUAAGCCAUCAUGCGGCCGAUGCGUCAGUUCCGGCUAUACGUGCACAUACUCCUCUGAAGACCCGGCGCUCCAGUUCGCAUUCACUCAAGUGUUCAAGCUCGACAUAGGUACGCCGACGCCGGCAAGGUUUCUACAGAAAACAGUCCCCUUUUCCAUGUCAGACGACAAGGUUGGGACAUAUGAGAUGCGGCCGUACGAGAUUGCUGCCAUUGAUCGAUAUCUUAACCGAACAGUGCUAGACUUUGCUACUGCUGCUCGACCAGUCAAGCCACUAAAAUACGUGGAUAUGGCUAACGCUAAUCCCUUCCUCUAUCAUGUGUUUGCCGGCCUCUCCAUCCUCCACGAUAUUCAUCUUGCCGACUGUUCCAUGGACACCCUGCACGCUCAAUUCAAAGCUGCCUCGUUCCAUUGGUACCAAGUCACGCGCCUACUACAACAAAAGAUCAGUCGCUACGCUUCUUCACCGAAUCUGCAGAUCGACCGUGUUGAGAAGGACUCGAUAUGGAUGUGCUCCAACAUCCUCGCCCUAGGCGUCUUUGCAAACGUCGAGUCAUUUAAUCCCAUUGAAUCCUGGCCGCUAAAGCCUCCCGAGUCUGUCGACUUGUCAUGGGUGAAGCUAGAUCUUGUUCGGGAUAUUGUAUUUACCUUAUCAAAACCAAACGAUCCGGAUAGCCACUAUCACUCCUACUACCAGCUCCUCGAGCAGAUCGGUAUGCCCGACGGCACCGCUCCAAUCCGCCCUCAUAACCUCUCCGCCGCCUACUACCCCUACUUUAAUAUUACCCCCGAGUCCACAGCCGACAACAACCCAUACCACCACGUUGUCGCCAUCUUAUCCCAAAUACAGUCUCCCGACGGCAGCUUCAAGGAGAAUCUGCGGUACUUGAGUCUCAAAGUUGAGAUGCGCCCAGAGUUUGUCCACCUACUGGAACUCAAAGAUCCCCGUGCGCUCCUACUCCUUGUCAUCUGGUACUCCAAGCUGAUCAGCCUGCCUUGGUGGUUUGUUCGGCCGCGCGCCAUUGUGGAAGGCGCCAGCAUCUGCAUGUACCUGCGCAAACACCACAGCGAUGACGCAGUACUCAUGGGUUUUGUCGAAGAACAAGCAUCCAUUGUAUACAGUGCUUAUAAUAAGCGAAAAUGGGGAAACACAGAGGAACUGGAGAGACAGCUAGGCAUAGCAUCACCGCCGCCUCCCCCCUACGAAGAGCCUGCCAGCCCCCAACACCGCAUGAAUUACGAAUUAGAUACCAAACAUGUAUUCUAGAAAUAUGUAUAUAAGCAAAUUAUUUC